UCUUCUUCUCUGUUCCAUUAUGUAUACUCACUUGGCAAAGAGUAUCUUUCUUUUGCAGAACAGAAGAAAAGAAAAGAAGAAACACCUAUGGCUCUGUCUUCUUGCUUGUCGUUUUCCGUGUUUCUCUUGAUCGUUGUAUCGGUUCAAUGGACUCGGGUUUGCAGUGAAUCCACAAUCUCAGCUUCUCCUGCUGUCUUACCGUACGUCAAUGCACCAGAUAUGUCUUCGUUUUUCCCUUCACCGACCAAAAACCGGCCUUUCGAUACAGCGGCCUCCCCUGUUCCAGGUGAAGACGCACCUGGUCCAAGUUCAGGCCAGCUUAAUGGGAAGAUUGCAGGCAGCUCGAUACGGCUCCGUCCUGAUCUUUCUUUGGGUCUCGUCAUUGUUGGGAUCUGUAGCUUUCUAUCUUUGCUCUAUUGAUGCUGUAAUCUUUGUGUUUCGCUUUUACAGUAUCAUCACUGCUCCUCCUUCGAGUCUUUCUUGUUCAACAUAUACUCGUUGAUACAGUUGUUUUAUAUAUAUAAUAAAAUAUACAAUUAUCACAGA